UUGUUUGUUUAAAAUUUACCGGCUGAUCUGUUUAUGUGUUUGUAUGUAUGUAUAUUGAAAUUUAGUAUGUAGUAAAUUAGCAAAAGACACGCGUGGUGUUAUUAUAUAGAAAACAAUGUGAUAUUUUUCCCAUAAUUGUUCAAAGUCGUAAUGCUAAACAUUGCAGAAUUUCUGUUAGUACGUUUUUGAUAACACAUAUCAAGUUACACAUUCCAUACGACUGAUGAUAGAACUGAUAGGCAAAAAUGAAUAACAAGAAAAUGACGCCAGAAAAUGCAGUCAAUACCGGUGAUUUUCUUAAUUCAGCAGGUUGUGAUUCAAGAAAUCAAUCAGUUCCUCAACUUAAUACCCUGAACAGUAUUUAUCAAUGUAUCGUGUGUCCAUAUUCAGGGGCAACACCUGUAGAAAUGCAUCAACAUCAAAUUAGUGUUCAUACAACAGAACAGCUAUCAUUAUCAAUACUUGGUCUUCAAAUUCUCUACAAUAUGAACGAAUUAUCAAAAAAUGAAAUCUUAAAACAAAUUAAUACUUCAAGUGUUUCAAAUAACAAUCUCCGGAAUCAAUCACCAAAGAAUAAUAAUAAUAAUAAUAAUAAUGAAAGUUUUCAAAUAUCCAAUACAAAUGUAACUUUUAGAGAUUCAAUUAAUUCUAAUUUACAAGAAGAACCAAUGUGCCUUAAAGUUCAUAAUCGAAAUUCUCAAAUUGCUCAAGAAAAUAACAAUUUAAUGGCUCAACAAAAAAUUGUUCAUAAAACACAACAACUUAAGAAACCAACUUUGUCUGUGAUACAAAAGUUAGUGCCAUUAAAUCAAGAUAUUAAUUAUCUUCAAGCACCAUCAAAUGUUCUUCAACAGCCUUUAAUUUGGAAUGACGGACAGCUUUACACUCAAAAAACUGUACCAAUUAUUAAAGAAAAUUAUAAUAUCUCUCAAAUUCAACCUACUUGUUCACAAAUAUUGCCAAAUAAUUUUCUACUUAAAUCAAAUGAAAUUCAAUCUCAAACGGAAUCUCCAACAAGUGUUAUUAAAAAUAUUGAACAAAUCAAGAGAUCUCAAACGCUUUUAAAAAUUCCAAAGGCAAAAUUUAUCAAUUUUAAAACACUCGCUAAUAAAGAGGAACAUCAGUUUAAAAAACCAGAAUCAAUACCAAAAACUUCAAAGUCCAUUAUAAAAAAAUCGGAAUUGAUUCUUAAGUCAAAAAUAAUAAUUAAAGAACCAGAAAUAAUAACGAAUAAAGUAGAAGAAACAUUUAAUGAUUCAAAUGUAAUUAUAAAUUAUUGUCCAUGUUUGAAAUCAGGAGAAAAUUUUAACAAAUUAUCAGAAGCAGUUAAAAAAGAAACAAAAGAAAUUUUCUUAAAACCAAAAAUGAUUUCUCUAAAAAAAAAAGUAAGUGCAACCAAUAAACCAAAGGAGCCGAAAAAAAAGAAAGUAAUUACAGAAAAAUCAAAAAAGCCAAAAUCUAAAAAAUCAAAAGUAAUUUCAAAUAAAUUUAAUCAAAGUUCAAAUAUAUCUGAUAAAGAAAGUUCAAAAGAUGCUGAAAUAAUUUCUAAUAAUUCAGAAAUAAUUUUGCAGAAUCCAGAAAUUUUGAAAAAUCAACCAACAGUAAUAAUUAACAGAAUUGAUGAAAUUCAUGAACCAAAAGAAAAAGUAAACAAUGUUUCAGAGAAUAAAAAUAAAUUAUCAAAAAUAGAAAAUAAAAAUUGCAGUAAUAAAUCUUAUGAUAAUUUCGAAAUCGUUAAUCGAAAAAGAAAGCGAUCAAAAUCAAAUGAUUUAAAAAUAGUUCUAUCACGUUCAAACAAUUCACCAGAAUCUACAUCAAGUUCAAAAUCAUCACCGAAGAAUGAAGAAACAAAUUCUAAAAUAUCAAAAUUAUCACCAAAUUUAAAAUCACGUAAUAGAAAAUCUAAAUUGCUAUUGAAAUUAUCUGAUGUACCAUCUUCAAGUGAAAAAUCAUCACAAAUCAUUGAAGUUAUCGACGAUGGAUGGGACAAUUCGGUGAAAGCAAAACUUCAAGUUGACAGUGAAUUACCAAUGGAUAUAACAAAACUUGCCAUGCAGGAUACAAGAAAUAUCAAUGAUUUUAAUAACAUUCAAAACAUUGAAGAAAAUUCUAGUUGUGAUGAUUUAACAAAUGAAAUUUUAAUUCAAAUGGAUCCUUUUUUGACAUCUCAAUUACUUCAGGAGUACGAUUUCUCAUCUCAAGAAAUAGAUAAUGAAAAUAUUGAUUAUCAGGUAAGAAGUAAUUUAAUUAAUGGCUUCAAUUAUGCAAAUGAAGGUGAUGUAAUACUUGAUUUAAAUCAACCAACUAUUACAUCGGUUGAUUUAAAUGAAAAUGUAUGGUCCGAUGAUAAUCUAACUUACGCGGAAUUACUUCCUGUCUUUCAAGAAGACAAUUUUCAGGACCUAAUAAAUUAACAUUUGUUUUUUGAACAAAAUUUUUUUCAUAAUU